AUGUCAAUGUCCACCGAAUUGCCAUGUGCUCUCGAGACGACGAGCAGCCAGUCAAGUGGCUCGUCCGAUGCCGCGAGCUUGCUCGGCUUGCCAUUCGAAUUGCUGGACACGAUCCUGAAGUUAGCAUUCCCUCUUGCAUAUCGACUUCAAAUCGCACAUCCUACCUGGAACCCAACUUCAACUUUCAUCAAGCAAGCUUUCUUGUCUAUUGAGGAGAUUGAGAGCUUGCCAGACGAUUGCGUGAGAGCUCGUCAGUACUUGACGCAGAAGAAGGCUACCUACAUAGAGCGGACCAUCAAGCAGGUGCAAACCGACCUGGACAAGUAUCAGCAAGACCUCAAGGACAAGUUGGCAAAACUGCGCAAGACAUACAGUCGGGACGAUCUGGAAAUUGGGAGGUACAGCUCCAUUUGGAAGGCGAUCGAAUGCAACGACGAACACCAGGGGAAAGUGGCGCGUCACGGCAAACAAAUCCUCACCGAUCUUGCUGCUGGCAGGAAGCCGGGCAGAGCCUACCCUAGAGUUGGGUUCUCCUCGCACGACCAGGCAAGUGACAGAGAGUCGCUAAAGAGCCUCAUGAUGGUUUGUCGCCAACUCCGCACCGAGGUCAGAAACUUCAUCGCCAGAAACGGAGUCGUGAACGCAUCCACUGUAUGCGACGCAGCGUGGUUCGCAGCUACUCAUCGUGGUUUCAGCACUCAUGUUGCGUCCUUGGAGAUCAGAACACCCAAAUGCGAAGACGCGCUACCGAAACGCAAACAGUGGAUCACACUGCUACUUCGAUGCUUUCCAAAAUUGAAGUGCCUGAGAAUCGACUGGAUCAAGGGUGACUAUGUGCACAGAGCUGAGGAUGCUGGAUCAAGCAUAGUCCCAUUCGACAAGGACUACAUCGUUCAUUUCCCAAAAGUCGAGCUACAGUUGAUGGAAUUCAUUAUGCAGAAGAGCGGACUCGACACAGUGCUCGUUGUUCACGCUGGCUCAAUGGGAGUCAUCUUUGGCCGAGCAGAGGACGUUCGUGUUCGUGGGAAUUCAUUCUUCUUCAUCGACGACAUAACGAUGUCGGUGGUAGAUGUUGAAUCUCAAUUGGAGGAGAUGUGGUUCUGA